UCCAAUCUUCCUUCCCAAGGUCGGUGCUUAUUGGCGUCUAAUUCCAUUACGCAUUUUCCAUAUCCCGCCCCUUUCCACCAUCAAAGGCCUAGACCCAGCCCGUCCCCCCCCCCAAGAACUCUUUGGCACUUUGCUAUAUCCUCCGACCCUGGCUCAUCAUUGUGGCUUGCACUUCUUCCUUUUCUCACCUGCUUUUCGUCGACACCGGCCCCCACAUAACACCUCUUUGACAAUCGCCGUACCUUGUUUUAUUUCUUUGAUUGAAUUCCCCGAACCACUCUUCCUCUCCCACGCCGGGCCAGCUGCCUUUCCCAUCUACUAGGUCGGAUGUUCAAAGAUACCCUUUAUUAACCCCCGCCGGUUUUUCGUCGCUGCUUCGUGGCAGCAGUUUUCUGCCAACGACUCGGUCUUGCGUGUUACUGUGUCGGUCAUUAAUUAUUCACUUCUCCGACAUCACCGGCUGUACAUCGUCAUUCGACAAAAGCAAUCUGCGUAGGACCUACCGCACCAGACCUUUCUUUCCUACGCUUUUUUGUCGAACCGUCAUCGAUCUUUACAGCUGGUCUUCAACCCAGUAUCAAAUACUCGAACGAUUCCGAAUCAGGAACACUCUCGCGGUCGAUACACGGGGGCUCGUCUGUACGGAUCACACGCCGCACUUGCACCAAUCUGCAGCGGGCGAUACCGAAACACGUUGCUGUUUCUUCUGGCUCAGCAGCUAGAAUACAGCUUGAGGGACCGAAGGCCCUAAAGGCGUUUCCGACAAACAGCAACAAAAGUAUCUGGAAUCUGACGCAAUGUCUCGCCCAGAUUCUUCACUGGACAGCAGCGAGAAGGACAGGAACGCGCCGCUGGACCACCCUAAUUCCGAUCAGUCUACAACCGAGACGAAGUUCUCUGACAGCAAUAACAACAACCACAAUGAAGACAAGAAACAAGAUGUUGAAGGAAGAAUACCAACCAGUGCCGCCUCCGCUACCGUGGCCACUGCAGAGCACGAACUGUACGAACCCUACGAUAACGGCUACCACUUCCCACCCGCACACACCAAGUCGCAGUCUAUGAAGAUUGGCGCAAAAGCGUUCUGGAAUUACACCUGCACGCCCCUCGGCUUCUUCGUCGUUCUCUACGGCCUGAAUGUCGUUGCUUGGGGCGGCAUGCUGUUUCUGCUACUUUGCAAUGCGUCCCCGGCAAUGUGCUACCCGACAUGUAACGAUAUCAACUCCCCCCGGCGCAAAUGGAUCGAAUGGGAUUCGCAGAUUCUGAACGCUCUGUUCUGUGUCACAGGAUUCGGAUUGGCGCCGUGGAGAUUUCGUGAUCUGUAUUUCUUGAUGCAGUAUCGCAUCCUGAAGAAACCUGAAGCUCUUGGCCGGCUUGCGGGUAUACACCGCGGAUGGUUCCGUUUGCCUGGAUCUGACCAACUCCCUGUCCACAUUGGCCCCGAAAACGUCAUGGAGCUGGCAAACGAACGGCCUGUGUUGCACAUCCCGCACCCCGAGAAAGCUAUUCCCAACGCUCCCCUCACUGGAGUUCGAGCACCCCCCACGGCAAUUUGGAAAAUGGACUUCGUCAUCUGGUUCAAUGUAUGGAACACAUUCUUGCAGUGUGUUCUCUCAGGCUUCAUGUGGGGAAUGAACAGAUUCGAUCGACCCAGUUGGUCCACCGGUCUUUUCGUUGCGCUCGCUUGUUUGGCGGCUGCCAUAGGAGGCUUGAUGAUGUUCUUCGAGGGUAAGAAAGUGAAGAGCAUUGAAGGCGUGCCGCUCAGCAAAGAAGAUGAGGAGCGUCUGGCAAAAGAUAAGGAAAUGGGGGUUCACCAUUACAACAACAUCAAGGACAAGAAGCCCAAGGAAAAGAAAUAGGCUAGUGCGUAGGAUUAAGCCACAGAUGAGAUACCUAUAUACGAAGAGUAAUACAAUACGCAAUGACACCU